AAAGUAUUCCAGCAGGCUUUUACUUCAGUUAUUCUGAAGAGUGAACAGCAAAGGUUUCUUCAUUUGGUGAAAUAGGUCAAUGAAGAACUGUAAGACCCUUCAGCAUUUCAUCCUGCUGACAGCGGUACUGCUUUAUAUUGCUGUAUCUGAAGUCAAAGUACCAGAGUCCUCAGUGACAGGCAUCCAUGGUCAGUACGUUGUCUUGUGCUGUAGUUUUUCCAUUAAUAAAGGCACUUCUCUAGAAGACUUGGUCAUCACAUGGCAAACUGCAUAUUCUAAAGAGGUCGUACAUAGCUUCUACUAUGGAAAGAACCAGCUGGAAAGACAGAAUCUGCGCUUCUUCAACAGAACCAGCCUUUAUCCAUCAGAAUUUAAACAUGGAAAUGCUUCUCUAAAGUUAGAAGGAGUAAGCCCUGAGGAUGUGGGCAAGUACAUAUGUUUCGUUAGCAGCUCAUAUGAGAGUGGUCAAGCAAUGCUAAAUCUGUCAUUUGCAGCAUUCUUCACCACUCCUGAGCUUGUGAUAGAGUUACAGGCCCAUACAAUGACCUUCAUCUAUCUCUCAAAGGGAUAUCCAAAGCCAGAAAUAGAGUGGCACAGCAGUGAAAAGGAAAAUAUCUCCAACCUGAUAUGGACAUCUUUUCAGCAAAGUGAGAACAGCCUGUACCAAGUGACUAGUGCCCUGACUGUACAGAAACAUUACAAUGCAACUUACAGUUUUACAUUAAGAAACAAAUCUGUGAACCAGACAAUCACUAAUGUGUUCAGCCUUCUUCCAGACAAGAACUUACAUCAUAAUCAUGCAGGCUCCCACCGAGCACGAUGGAUUGUAAUAAUUUCUCUAAAUGCUGUUCUCCUAGUCAUUAUAAUCAUGUUGUGAAUACAAGAAAAACAUCCAUUACCUCAUAGUGACUGCGAAUCCUUAACCAUUGCCUGACUCCAUGUAAGGUGUAUAUUUGUCACUUUUCUGGGACCUUCUACCGAAUCUGAAACUUCAGAUUAGAACUUGGGAAAUGGAAAAUUAAACAGAUUUGUUUUGCCAUUGAUGCAAAUUGAUGGUAUGAGAUCAGCACUUACAAAGUGUCCUUCACAGGCAAAUACUUUUCUCAGAACACAGACUGAUCAGGAUGCAAAUGCAGAUAAUCUACUACAUAUGAAUUUUUCUUAAUCACUUGUUCCUAUGGAAACAGCACUGAGCAAGUAAGUAGCCAGUCCUGAAGCAAGCAAGCCUGGGACCUAGGACCAGUGGACUAUGUGAGCUGCACCCAGGCAAAUUAGUUUUAAUAUGUGAGAAGAACAGAAAUAGAAUUAGUAUUUUAAAAUGCACUGUUAGUGUUAAAUGAUUGCUUGGAACAUGUUGUAUAAAUGUUAAACAUCUUUCAUUUGUAAAGGAAGACAUAGCAUUGCUUCUGAGAAUUUUAACUAGGCAUCUAUGUACUUUUUCAAUCUAUAUCAAAGAGUUCUGAAGCAACAAAGAGUUUUGAAGCAAAGUAGGAGAGAGACAGUGAAGAGAAUUUCAGUUGUUUUCUAACUACUGCUAGCAGAUUUAAUCUGUGUGCUGCAUAUAUGGAGCCUUUUUAUUUGAAAUACAAAAAAGUAAGAACCUAGAUGUUGAUAAGUACAGGUACACAUAGACUUCCCCAAUGAAGAAUUCACCUAACUAGAGCAACCCACUGCUUUGAUAAAAUCUAUGUGCAGGGCAUUCAUUGCUAUAAUAAAAGUCAAUCUGCACUCAUUACUGUGAUAAACAUCAUCCAUGUACAGGUUGUUAUUAUGGUGGUCCUUUGCUGAAUUAUCCUGAGGACUGUACCUAUGUUCCAAAAGCUCUAGUACAAUACUUUUAGGCAUUCCUUUACCAAUAUUUUGCUGCAAAUUGUUCAUGGUAACAUAGUAAUACUAUGAAACUGUCAAGAAAUAAUGUUUUAUUCAGGAUAUGAAACACUGCAAUAGUAGUAAACGAUGCAUAGUAAAUUCCAUAAUCAAAAGAGCUUCUGCUUUUACUUAGUUUAUUUUUAUAAGGUAACUUGUUGUUGCCAGUGGAUUUUGGAUAAUAACGAUAUUUAUAUAUUAUGAAAGAGUGUUUGCAGAAAAUUACUUUGUCGGAGUCUAUCAGUAAUUAGCUGCUCAGCAAUGACCACUAAUCCACAUGGGGGGCCUUUCAUUUCCUGCAGCCCUGGGCUUAAUUUCUAUAACUUCCAUUUGUUUACUGUGCCCCUGAUCAAGUCAUUUAACCAGACAGUGCUCCUGGGCUGAGCCUGAAAUUGGGCCCAUGUACCUCAAUGCUCUACUCACCCCCCUUAACAAAAUUAUUGGUAUUUGUUCUUAUCACAAUAAACUUAAAAAAAAAAAAAGAACACUUUUCUGAUCAUCUUGCUUCAUAUCUUGCAAAAGGUUUAUAAUCAUUAAGCCUUACGUUCCUUAAGUGCUUCACUGUAUGUUGUGUUACAUUAUGGAUAGUGCUGUGAAUCACUAACACUGUAGCUACCAAUCUGGCACUCUUCAUUCUAUUAAAUGCAAAAUUCAUUUGAGAGGAAUAGUGGAAAAAGGAAAUUUGCCAAAUGUUGCUGUGUCUCUUUUUCAUUGGCUGUUGUGACUACUGUGUUAGAAUAUAAAAAGGGGUCUAUAUCACAUUAUCGAACUUCCAAAAUUUCGAAUACCAUAAGC